AUGUACCGAAAGACAAUCCUCCCCACAGACGAGGAGCUGGGCAAAAAAGACGAUGAUCACCGGUUCAAGCCAGCGCGAAAGCCCGGCUGGCUCAUAUGGAACCAGCCAGUUCGCUGGCGAAGGCGCCGAAUCCUGCUUGCAGUAACCGGCCUGGUCUUGCUCUACUAUCUUUUCCAAGGUACCGCACACGGCCGCGCCGAGUCUGCCCUCCGACAAUAUCCAUCGCAGUUUGGACGGCCCAUCACACCUACGUACGAGAAACCGACCGUAGACGAAGACGAGCCUACGGGAGCGCCUCCCGGCAUACAGAAGCCACGGCGUGGAGACGCUGCACCUCAUGCGUACGACGGCCAGAUACGGUACUUUCGGCUAGCCAGCACGUUGCGAUCCGAUGCGUCACGGACGAGCGGCUAUGAAAAGAAGAACCAAAACAUCAUCUUUGCCAUGUCAAGCCUCAAGAGCGCUUCAACACUGCUGGCCAUGGCGUGCGACAUGGCCAAAUUGAAUCGGAAUUAUGUCCAUGCGGUUUUCAUGGGCCGCGACAACAUACCCUUGGAGGACUUGCUGCACAUCAAUGGCAUAGACACGGCCUCCUGCUCUGUUACAUGGCACGAUGCACGGCCAGACUACACCGAAUAUAGCACUGAUGCCCGCGCCGAGUCGGCAGUAAAAGGUGCCAUGGCGCACAUCAAUAGCUUCCUGCACCCUCAGGCCGCCAUCAUCGACGACUCUUCGUCAGAGAACGCUUUUUUUGUUCGAGGCAUGACAAGCAAGACUGAUGCGUUGCAAAUGGCUCUUAUCCAAGUGCCCAAGGAUAAACUGCAAGACUUGACAUGGGUGACGAGACUUGACUCCGCAUCGCUUAAGCACUGGCAUGAUCCUAUUGUAGACAUUCUGAUUCAGGUGCCACCGGGCUCGUCGAGCGUUUUGCGGCUACUCCAGUCUAUCAAGGACGCUGAUUACAGUGGACUGAGACCGCCUCGUAUCACGAUCGAGCUACCCGCGGAACUAGACCUGUCGGUGAAAGAGCGCAUAGAAAGCUUCAAGUGGCCGCCAAACAGCGACGAGCACACGGUGGGAGGCGGACUGGUCAUCAGACGGCGCAUCGCGAAUCAUCAUGACAGCCAGGAGGCCGCCGCCAUACGCUUCCUCGAGCUGUUCUACCCCGCGAACCCUAGUAAGUCGCACGUGCUCCUACUGUGCCCACAGGCGCAGGUCGCCCGACAAUACUUUCACUUUGUCCACUAUAUGGUGUAUGAGUACAAGUACUCUAUAUUUGGUGCUCCUGAAAGUGGGGGCUUGAUGGGCGUGAGCCUUGAGCUGCCAUUGACGCAUUUGGACAACAAGAAGAAGCUGCAACCUCCAACCAUCAAGGAUAUGCAUAACGACCAGUACAAAGUCUCGUAUCCAAAUGCCAAGGACGCACCAUUUUUGUGGCAGGCGCCAAACAGCCACGCAACAUUGUUCUUUGGCGAUAAAUGGGCCGAAUUGCACUCGUUCCUAAGCAAGCGAGUCACCAAGCGUCAAGCUUUGAAAAAAUCAGUAUCUCGGGCAAAGCUGGUAUCAGAGACGCAACCGGCUUGGACCGAGUAUAUGCUCGAGUUGAUGCGAGCCCGAGGCUACUCAUUGCUGUAUCCUGCCAUGACUUCUGAUGCCUUCGUCACUAUACACAACGAGCUUUACCAGGCUCCAGAGGAGUUUCGUGUACCACCGCCUACUGCCGGCCAGGAAGCGCAAGUGCCGGAAAAGGAGGAUGUUUUUGUUCGCACUGGAGAAUCACGGCGGGCCCCUCCAACCGUAGAGCGGCACAUGGUGGCUGGCGCAGUGCCUCUACAUGAAGCACUCCCGUUCGACGGCAACCUUCCCAACAUUGCCGACCUGCCACGACUGCUGUACGACGGCCAGAAGAUUCAUCCAGCCAACGUGUCAAUCAUUGCCCAGUCAUUUGCAGAUGAGUUCCGCCAAGAGAUUGGUGGUUGCCGAAUGGUUAAAGGGAAGCACAGGAAGAGAGUGACAGGCGAGGCGGGAGACUUAUUUUGCUUUGGCAAUGAGAGCGAGGAAGAUUGGGAAAAGGAUAUAACGCGAGAGGCGGAGAUGUUCAACGCGCCGAUUGACGAUGAGCUGGAGAAACUGUUGGUUAUAGAUGGGCGGCCUCCUCCUUCCAAGACGACGUCAACGACGGCGAGAGCAGCUACACGCACUGCAGUUGUAGCUGCUGGCGUGUAG